CGGAGGGGCUUUGCCAAUGGACUGCAAAACAAGGAUAGACUUUACUUUUAUUUCCCACCACUCCUCUACUUGAUUUCUACCUAAUACAACCGCAAAUUUCUGCCACUGCUCCGGAGUCGGAUCCUGUAUGAUGGCCCCACCCAGGUCAUGAUCGUACGUUAUAGGCAUCUACCACCACAGCUAGAAACGCCACAAGCACCCGGAACAUAACUAAAAAUAUCACCGGUAUCUAGAGCAUUUCUAGUUAAUAUCAUAUAUAAAAAAUGCAUCCUCAGUUAGACAAAAAUCGGUUCGACACGUGCGAGAAGUUGAUGGACGCCCUUGAAAAGUGCCAUCAGAGCGAGUUCUUGAAGCAAGCAAUGGGAAUGUGCAAUUUCGAAAAAGACGAGUUGUCCAAAUGCCUACACAUGACUAGAGUCGAGGACUCUCGUGAGCGGAUCCGUCUCAGCCAGGAAAGACAGAAACUAGUCAAGGAAAAACAAAGGAAGAUCGAAGAGGAGAAGUACGGCAAAAACGGAUACUUGAAGAAGGUGAUCGAGAUGGAGGCCAAGAAAAGACAAGAGUAGACGAAAUAUUUAUCUUCCCGGAGGCAGAAAGAAGGUAUUUGUUU